CGACAUCGCAACAGCGAGGGAAAUUCUCGCAUCGCCUACCUCCUCAUAAGUGAUGCUGCUUAAACUUAGGCGCUGCCGUGGGAUUGUGAGUUUAAUUUGAAUUUUGGGUUGAUUUGUGAUAUUAUAUAUGUAUCAAAUGUAGGUAAACAAGGGAGCGAUCUCCCGAAUACGAUUUAGUUUUUAUUCCAUAUAAUGUUUUACAAAGCACUGAUGGUUCGUAGAAUUACCUUUACGAGAUAACUCUAUGUGGAUUUUGCAAGUCCCUAAACUUGCUAUUACAAAGAGGUGAACGUAAUUGGCAAUUGAUGCAGCAAAGAAGAAGGAAGUGAUCCAACAGCACCAGAUACACGAACAAGACACUGGUUCCCCGGAGGCUCAAGUGGCAAUUUUCAAUGCGCGUAUUCAAGAGUUGACUGAGCAUUUUCGGACGCACCGAAAGGACCAUCAUUCGCGCUAUGGACUUUACCGAUUAGUUGGCAAGCAGCGCCGCUUGUUACGGUAUCUUUACAAGAAAGACGCUACGCGCUAUUACCGUUUAAUUAAUGAACUUGGAAUGCGUGACACUAUUGGAACGAGGAGUGGUUAGAUUUUAUAUAGGUUCUGGGCGAGUUUGUCGCCUUGGUGCCAAGCGGGAAACGAAUGAGUCUUAUCUUGCGGUAAAUGCCGUGAGACUUUGUCCGAAUGCAUUGUACGCAAAUCGACGAGACAUUUUUCGGAUGAGGACUGUUCUUUAACCCCUUUUGACUGUCUUACUUGGUGGCACAACGAAAUAAAUAGGAAAUACAGGAGUAGUACAUAGAAUGAAAGUUGAAAUGCAACUUGGGAGCGAGAAGUUAUCAAUUGAAACCGGUAAAGUCGCGAAACAGGCAGAUGGUGCCGUUUGGGUGCAAUACGGUGGAACGGUUGUUUUAGUCACGGUGGUAGCCGAUGAUAGUGAACAUGAUCUCGAUUUCUUUCCGUUAACAGUAGAUUAUCGUGAAAGGGCAUACGCCGGUGGGCGAAUACCGACAGUUUAUGGUAGGCGCGAGCCGCGUCCAGGGACAUCAGAGCAGUUGGUAGCUCGUUUAAUUGACCACUGCAUUCGCCCUCUUUUUCCAAAGGACUUCAAGGCUGAGGUACAGGUUUUAUGUAACGUGUUUUCAUCGGAUGGUAUUCAUCCCGCGGACGUUCCCGCCCUUAUCGGGACUUCUGCAGCAUUAGCGAUUUCCGAUAUACCCUUUAACGGACCUGUCGCUGCUGUCACCGUCGGAAAAGUUGAAGACAGGUUAAUCAUUAAUCCUACUUACGAAGAAUUGCAUGCCUCAAGUAUGGAAUUGUUCGUAAGUGGCAAGGCAGAUGCUGUUAUGUCUGUUGAAGGCGGUGGACAUGAAAUUCCUGAAGAUGAAGUCAUUGACACAAUUAUCGCCGCCCACGCGCAGAUACAAGAGGUCAUCAAACUUCAAGAAGGGUUAGCC